UUUAUUGGCCGUCUUGUGCUGGCAGUUGACAGCUUUAUGAGGUGAACUAAUGUGUAAACGAGCUUUGCGCUUUAUUUCCUUGUCAGUAAGCCUGCAAGUCAGUAGUGACGACAGAGAUGAGGACGUCGAGCUACAAACGAAAUAAAAGGAAAAUAGGAAGAGAGAAAUUCUAGUGUUGUUAGUACUGACGGAAAUGGGUUAGAAAUGAAUAAACAUUAAUUGAAGUCAAUGACAGAAGAAGAAAUAGCCAGCUUUGUACCAUUAAUGGUCCAACAUUUCUAGAAGACGUUUCUAAUUACUAUAAGAUGCCCACCUCAAGCCAAGCAUUAAUUCUACUCAAUGUAGACAGUCCGAAUCCUUUAAAUCAACAUAUACCCGAGAUCAAUCAGUUCCAGUCGUCUGUAAGGAGAAAUUCUAACCACACAAACCAGCCACUGAAUUCUUCUGCAGAGAGUUCUCUAUAUUGCCAUCAUCGGUUAUCACCCUCCAAAUCAGAAUAUUUUGGUCGCACCAAAUGCAACUCUACUUGCUCGGCUGAUAAUACGCAACCCUCCAAAACUUCUUUAUAUUCUUCUUUAGAGUUCUUGUAUCAGCGUGAGCCCUCGACUGCUAUUCAGAAACAUGACCCGACAAAAGCAUCAUUGCGAAUCAGUAACACAAGCUCUUUGUCAGGUAAGUUGGAGAUAUCUAAAGGUAAAGUUGAAAGAGCUAAUAUUUAUGUUCUGCAAAGGCGUGUUUUUGUCAUCUACAAUGGACUUUUCAUUAGCAUUUUUGGGAACCAAAUUUCUAUUGAUCUUUCAUUAGGCAGAAACAUAUUUGAUCCAAAACUUUGUUGCUCCAGGACAGAUGAUAAAAAUCUAAUUUAUUUGAUGCCAAAGACAGCUCAACUCCAUUAUUUCACCGCUGGUCGAUAUUUUUCCCGUCUGCCGCGAUCCUUUACUGAGAAUUCAUUCUAUGCACAACGUUCUUACAAUCAAAGUCAAAUGAACUUGACAAGUGAUCAAAAUCCCGUAGAAGUAGUAAAACCUGUUCUUGAAAUUCGCAAAUCUCAACAAUUUCACAAGCCAUUACAGUCACUGAAUGCUCUGCACAAUAAUAUGACAGUGAUGUCUCUAAAUACAGACAAUUAUCAACAGUCUUCAAUUGAUUCUCUCUCUUCUUAUGAAGAAAAUACUAAUAGUUUAAUCCAGCGCUUGCGUAGUCUUGGUUUUCGACCUUACGGAACUUGGAGUUCCGAUAAUAAAGAUGAAAAACAGACGAUAGCGAAAGAUUUUACCUCCAACGAAUCAAUAAUUCCGAUUUCAUGUAGAGAUGAUGCUGAAAAUAAUAUAAUUUCCGAAAAGACUUAUUCUUUAAAUGGAAACAAAGUUGGUGCAAGAUGCUUGCAAGUGAAAAUUGCAACCGGACUUUCUGUAAGUGAAGAAGAAAUUAAAAAACAACUAAUGUGGUACGAUGAGAAUGGUAUCGAACAAGAGAAAGUAGAAAAACUUGUAGCUGAUAUAAAGUCGAAGCUGCGUAGUAAAAAGACGAAACCUCCGACAAUCUGUAUGCGUAAGACGCUUCCAGAGUCUCAGCCGUUGACCAUUUGUUUUGCUUGUGACUCUGACCUUCAGAUAACUCAUGAAGAUAUUAAACGUGAAUUAGAAUCUCAGUACCCCGAGGUUAUGCUACUCAGCCUUCGAUUCGACCCCGUAUCAGUGGCUGUUGGUAACUCUCAUACGAAAAAUAGAUGGGUUGUUUGUGUAAGUAACAAUGAAGACUUCCAGUCAUUAGUAAAAGGUGGUGUAACUAUUGCAGGAAGUGAUCGAAUCACAGUAAAACCGUUCGAUGCUGUAAUGUUAGAGGAGCACAACGCUUAUAAACUCCACCAAUAUGUGAAGGAGGCGAAAGCUAUGAUUGCGAAAUCAAAAGAUGAACGCACGAAACAAGCAAAGAAACUAAAGAACAAGAGAAUAAAGUUUAAAAUAAAAGUCACGUGAAUAUAGAACGCCAUUCGACUAUGACCAUGCUGAGUUACGGUAUUCAUGAGAUUUUAGUUGAUUACAUCAAUCCCAGGGCUUCGUAUGGUAAUUAUAUCAUUGGUCUUGUACCGAACCCAUUACAAACUGACUUUGGCAUGAGAGAACGUAACUGGGACAGUUAUUAACUAACAAAUAUUUUCAUCAAAAUGAGCACAAGGUAAAAUUAAUUCCUCGGAACAGUAACAUUUGCUCUCAGUGAAAAAAAAUACACUUGUUGACUUGAAUAAAAGAGAAAAAAAAAAUAAAGUUGAUAAUUUUGUA